UGAAUAAUUGUUGAGCCAAGAGUCAAUAACGUCAAGGUGUCAUCACUCAAUUAACAAAAAUCAGUGCGCUUAAAAAUAUGUACAACACUCUCAAAAUCAGCUGACAUUCCUGACUAAUGCGCUGUGCAACCCUUCAAUCAUCAAAAAAAUCACAUUGAUUGUUUUUGUAAUUUAAUUACAAACAUUUACUAGCCUGCAAGUGAAUUCCAGGUAGUGAAUCACGCAACGCACACACAGAAAGGAUUUGUGUUUUAGUUUUACCCCAAUACUAACGGUAGUAUCCCCUUCAUUCGCAUACCACCUCAAGAGUGCGUGCAACAAACACCUCCACCCUCCGAAUGCAGGGCACAUUUGCAUGUGUUUGUGCAGCAACAAAAUUGCCUCGCUUGAAAUUGUUGUUGUUGGUUGUGAGAAGGAAGCGUAUAAAUUGCAAACGGUUAUAUAAAAAUUAUUGCGCAUAAAAAUUGUGCUAAAAAGCACCGGUGCAACGGUGCAUUGCAAGGCAGUGUCGCACGAAAUAACAUAUUUGUCUGCUGAGAGUGUGCAUGUGGCAAGUAAUUGUUCGUUAGAAAUAAUGUAUAAAUAAUUUGUAAGUGAUGAAUUUAUGUGCAAUUAUUAAGUGAUUUUGCCUAUAUGUAUAUGUGAACCAAUAAGCUACAAUGCAAACAAAUUUGGAACCGUUAAUGCAAUAUUAGCCCUAGACGUGCUUUGUUAGUCGAUUUGACUGACAAUCAUCGUGUUUUGCAAACAGAAGCAAAAAAAAAACGAUGCCCAACAAGAGUUAAUCAAAAUGCAAUCAAAAAUUUAAAUUUUCAGCUCACAAAAACAUAAUUUUGAAACUGCUUGAGAGAUACCAAAACCAUAAGUGACUAAAGUGUGAAGUGUUGGAAAAAAGAUCUAAAGAUAAAUAGUGUAUUCAAACAAAAGUAGUUUAAAUUAAAAAAACAGCUAAUAAAUCAAAAAUAGUGUACACACACGUAAGCGGACGGCAGGAAAAUGGGCAAGAAAAACUCCAAAUUGAAGCAGGACACCAUCGAUCGUCUAACAACAGCCACAUACUUCACAGAAAAAGAAAUCAGACAAUGGCACAAAGGUUUUCUGAAAGACUGUCCGAACGGUUUGCUGACAGAACAAGGUUUUAUUAAAAUUUACAAACAAUUCUUCCCGCAAGGAGAUCCCAGUAAAUUCGCAUCGCUGGUGUUUCGGGUCUUCGACGAGAAUGAGGAUGGUGCGAUUGAGUUUGAGGAGUUCAUACGGGCGUUAUCGAUUACAUCACGUGGCAACCUGGAUGAAAAGCUGCAAUGGGCAUUCCGACUCUACGAUGUGGACAAUGAUGGUUACAUAACGAGAGAAGAAAUGUAUAAUAUAGUGGAUGCAAUAUAUCAAAUGGUGGGUCAACAGCCGCAAACGGAGGAAGAGAACACGCCGCAGAAGCGUGUCGACAAAAUAUUCGAUCAAAUGGACAAGAAUCACGACGAUCGUUUAACGCUCGACGAAUUUCGUGAGGGUAGUAAAGCUGAUCCACGUAUAGUGCAGGCGUUAAGUUUAGGUGGUGAUUAACCAAAAGAGACUUAGUUUAAUUCUGCAACAGAUUAAACGAGGAAACUAAACGGAUAUAAAAACCAAACAAAAAAAUAGUUAAAAGUACACUGCAGGAACAAAUAAUAGCAAAGUAAUUGUUAUUACAAAAUAAUAAUAAAAUAAACAGAAGGAAAGCACAGGUGAUUAGAGGAUAUAAAUUUUUGGAAAAUAUUUAAGAAGGGAAACGAGUAAAGGCAAAGGGCAGCACACUUGAUACGCACACAGCCAUACAAACACGACUGCUUUGGUGGCUUCAGGCUACCAAACGCGCCCAAUACACACACACACAUACAUGUGUAAACACUCAUAUGCAUACAUGUAUAUGUACAUACACAUGCACCUCUCUGAGUUACAUGACAGUUAGGUUAAUGAUACCAAAAAAAAUAUGCGAAAGUAGAGCAAGCGGUAGAAAAGCUUCGAAUACCGAUUAUGUUAAUGGUUUGCAAAUGCAAAAACUAAGAAACCAAAAACAACAAAAACAAUAAACAAGAGUAAAAGUAAUGCAAUUUAUAAAGUAUACUCAUUGCAAACGUAGGAGAAACGGGUUUAGCGUAGUUAAACAAUAUUCAAGCUGCAAUCAAUAGACAUAGGCGCACAUGCAUUAAAUAGCAUGCAUAUGCAAUGUACACAGAUACACGCACACACACAUGCGCGCACACAUAGUUUAUAGUGAUGUCAACGAAACGGUAAUCAAAAUCUGCCCAAUAAAAUGACGGCUAUGCGCGGCAUAGCCUCACAGCAGCUCACAAAAUACAAAAUUUUUUGAAAAAAUUAAAAAAAAAAAUUAUGAAAAUAAUAAACAAAAAUCAAAUUAACUUGGCAGCACACACUUGUAAAAAGUUAAGCUAAAUUUCUGUAGAAAAAGAUGAGAAAUCAAAGUAAAUUUUAUAAUACAUAAUAUAAAUUGCGAAAUUGCAUGCAGCCACACAAAAGGUCGAAUACAAAGGUGCGUUUUGAACAAAAAAAAAUUUAAUGCUAAUAAACAAUAACAAAAAUAAAAAACAUUUGCAAAUAUUUUCAAGUAAAAC